AUGGGGAAACGUAAUAGAAUAUUAAUAAUAAACCUUCCUCAACUUCAAAAUCUAAUUAAACGGGACCCACUUUCUUAUAGAGAAGAUUUUUUACAGCAAUAUAGACAUCUUGAGUCACAAUUAGCAAUUUUUAAAUUAAAACCCGACGAAGAGGCAGAGGAAUUUGGUAGUCUGAUUACUUUUAUCUCGCAGGUAGCUCAAUGCUAUCCUAAAGAAACCAGUAAUUUUCCGCAUCAAUUAAUAAAUUUACUUUCCGAGCAGCAUCAAAUAUUAAAUUCCAAUCUUCGAAAAUCCAUCGCAAAAGAUCUUAUAUUACUUCGAAAUAAAGACAUAAUACCCAGCAGCAC